GGGCUGAGCGGGCGCACGCGCGGGAGUGGGACUCGGCGGCAUGGCGGGCUCCGGAGCCGGUGUGCGUUGCUCCCUGCUACGGCUGCAGGAGACUUUGUCCGCCGCGGACCGCUGCGGUGCUGCCCUGGCCGGUCAUCAGCUGAUCCGCGGCCUGGGGCAGGAAUGCGUCCUGAGCAGCAGCCCCGCGGUGCUGGCAUUACAGACAUCUUUAGUUUUUUCCAGAGAUUUCGGUUUGCUUGUAUUUGUCCGGAAGUCACUCAACAGUAUUGAAUUUCGUGAAUGUAGAGAAGAAAUCCUAAAGUUUUUAUGUAUUUUCUUAGAAAAAAUGGGCCAGAAGAUCGCGCCUUACUGUGUUGAAAUUAAGAAUACUUGUACCAGUGUUUAUACAAAAGAUAGAGCUGCUAAAUGUAAAAUUCCAGCCCUGGACCUUCUUAUUAAGUUACUUCAGACUUUUAGAAGUUCUAGACUCAUGGAGGAAUUUAAAAUUGGAGAAUUAUUUAGUAAAUUCUAUGGAGAACUUGCAUUGAAAAAAAAAAUACCAGAUACAGUUUUAGAAAAAGUGUAUGAGCUCCUAGGAUUAUUGGGUGAAGUUCAUCCUAGUGAGAUGAUAAAUAAUGCAGAAAACCUGUUCCGCGCUUUUCUGGGUGAACUUAAGACCCAGAUGACAUCAGCAGUAAGAGAGCCCAAACUACCUGUUCUGGCAGGAUGUCUGAAGGGGUUGUCCUCACUUCUGUGCAACUUCACUAAGUCCAUGGAAGAAGAUCCCCAGACAUCAAGGGAGAUUUUUAAUUUUGUACUAAAGGCAAUUCGUCCUCAGAUUGAUCUGAAGAGAUAUGCUGUGCCCUCAGCUGGCUUGCGCCUAUUUGCCCUGCAUGCAUCUCAGUUUAGCACCUGCCUUCUGGACAACUACGUGUCUCUAUUUGAAGUCUUGUUAAAGUGGUGUGCCCACACAAAUGUAGAAUUGAAAAAAGCUGCACUUUCAGCCCUGGAAUCCUUUCUGAAACAGGUUUCUAAUAUGGUGGCGAAAAAUGCAGAAAUGCAUAAAAGUAAACUGCAGUACUUUAUGGAGCAGUUUUAUGGAAUCAUCAGAAAUGUGGAUUCGAACAACAAGGAGUUAUCUAUUGCUAUCCGUGGAUACGGACUUUUUGCAGGACCCUGCAAAGUUAUAAACGCAAAAGAUGUUGACUUCAUGUAUGUUGAGCUCAUUCAGCGUUGCAAGCAGAUGUUCCUCACCCAGACAGACACUGGUGACGACCGUGUUUAUCAGAUGCCAAGCUUUCUCCAGUCUGUUGCAAGUGUCUUGCUGUACCUUGACACAGUUCCUGAGGUGUAUACUCCAGUUCUGGAGCACCUCGUGGUGAUGCAGAUAGACAGUUUCCCACAGUACAGUCCAAAAAUGCAGUUGGUGUGUUGCAGAGCCAUAGUGAAGGUGUUCCUAGCUUUGGCAGCAAAAGGGCCAGUUCUCAGGAAUUGCAUUAGUACUGUGGUGCAUCAGGGUUUAAUCAGAAUAUGUUCUAAACCAGUGGUCCUUCCAAAGGGCCCCGAGUCUGAAUCUGAAGACUACCGUGCUUCAGGGGAAGUCAGAACUGGCAAAUGGAAGGUGCCCACAUACAAAGACUACGUGGAUCUCUUCAGACAUCUCCUGACCUCUGACCAGAUGAUGGAUUCUAUUUUAGCAGAUGAAGCAUUUUUCUCUGUGAAUUCCUCCAGUGAAAGUCUGAAUCAUUUACUUUAUGAUGAAUUUGUAAAAUCCGUGUUGAAGAUUGUUGAGAAAUUGGAUCUUACACUACAAACACAGACUGUUGGGGAACAAGAGAACGGAGAUGAGGCUCCUGGUGUUUGGAUGAUCCCGACUUCAGAUCCAGCGGCUAACUUGCAUCCGGCUAAACCUAAAGAUUUUUCGGCUUUCAUUAACCUGGUGGAAUUUUGCAGAGAGAUUCUCCCUGAGAAACAAGCAGAAUUUUUUGAACCAUGGGUGUACUCAUUUUCAUAUGAAUUAAUUUUACAGUCUACAAGGUUGCCCCUCAUCAGUGGUUUCUACAAAUUGCUUUCUAUUACAGUAAGAAAUGCCAAGAAAAUAAAAUAUUUCGAGGGAGUUAGUCCAAAGAGUCUGAAACGCUCUCCUGAAGACCCAGAAAAGCAUUCUUGCUUUGCUUUAUUUGUGAAAUUUGGCAAAGAGGUGGCAGUUAAAAUGAAGCAAUACAAAGAUGAACUUUUGGCCUCUUGUUUGACCUUUCUUCUGUCCCUGCCUCACGACAUCAUCGAACUCGAUAUUAGAGCCUACAUUCCUGCGCUGCAGAUGGCUUUCAAACUGGGCCUGAGCUAUACCCCCUUGGCAGAAGUAGGCCUGAAUGCUCUAGAAGAAUGGUCAAUUUAUAUCGACAGACAUGUAAUGCAGCCUUAUUACAAAGACAUUCUCCCCUGCCUGGAUGGCUACCUGAAGACUUCAGCCUUGUCAGAUGAGACCAAGAAUAACUGGGAAGUGUCAGCUCUUUCUCGGGCUGCCCAGAAAGGAUUUAAUAAAGUGGUGUUAAAGCAUCUGAAGAAGACAAAGAACCUUUCAUCAAAUGAAGCAAUAUCCUUAGAAGAAAUAAGAAUUAGAGUAGUACAAAUGCUUGGAUCUCUGGGAGGACAAAUAAACAAAAAUCUUCUGACAGUCGCUUCCUCUGAUGAGAUGAUGAAGAGCUAUGUGGCCUGGGACAGAGAGAAGCGGCUGAGCUUUGCAGUGCCCUUUAGAGAGAUGAAACCUGUCAUUUUCCUGGACGUGUUCCUGCCUCGAGUCACAGAAUUAGCGCUCACAGCCAGUGACAGACAAACUAAAGUUGCAGCCUGUGAACUUUUACAUAGCAUGGUUAUGUUUAUGUUGGGCAAAGCCACGCAGAUGCCGGAAGGGGGACAGGGAGCCCCACCCAUGUACCAGCUCUAUAAGCGGACGUUUCCUGUGCUGCUUCGACUUGCGUGUGAUGUUGAUCAGCCAGGUCAUCCUCUGUGUGAAGUACUGACACUCCCUUGCGCUUCCACCCAGCAUGGGAGCACGGCCUGUUUCUGGGAGUGGGAAGAAGAGUCUCUGGUGGAGCAGUUUGUGUUUGAAGCCUUGGUGAUAUACAUGGAGAGUCUGGCCUUAGCACAUGCAGAUGAGAAGUCCUUAGGUACAAUUCAACAGUGUUGUGAUGCCAUUGAUCACCUAUGCCGCAUCAUUGAAAAGAAGCAUGUUUCUUUAAACAAAGCAAAGAAACGACGUUUGCCACGAGGAUUUCCACCUUCCACGUCAUUGUGUUUACUGGAUCUGGUCAAGUGGCUUUUAGCUCAUUGUGGGAGGCCCCAGACAGAAUGUCGACACAAAUCCAUUGAACUCUUUUAUAAAUUCGUUCCUUUAUUGCCAGGCAACAGAUCCCCUAAUUUGUGGCUGAAAGAUGUUCUCAAGGAAGAAGGUAUCUCUUUUAUCAUCAACACCUUUGAGGGGGGCGGUUGUGACCAGCCCUUGGGCAUCCUGGCCCAGCCCACCCUCUUGCACCUGCGGGGGCCAUUUAGCCUGCAGACCACGCUGUGCUGGCUGGACCUGCUCCUAGCUGCGCUGGAGUGCUACAACACUUUCAUUGGCGAGAGAAUUGUGGGAGCGCUCCAGGUCUUGGGUACUGAAGCCCAGUCUUCACUUUUGAAAGCAGUGGCUUUCUUUUUAGAAAGCAUUGCCAUGCAUGACAUUAUAGCAGCAGAAAAGUGCUUUGGCACUGGGGCAGCAGGUGACAGACCAAGCCCCCAAGAGGGAGAAAGGUACAACUACAGCAAAUGCACCGUUGUAGUCCGGAUUAUGGAGUUCACCACGACUCUGCUGAACACCUCCCCAGAAGGAUGGAAGCUCCUGAAGAAGGAUUUGUGUAAUACACACUUGAUGAAAGUCCUGGUGCAGACGCUGUGUGAGCCUGCAAGCAUAGGUUUCAACAUCGGAGACGUCCAGGUUAUGGCUCAUCUUCCUGAUGUUUGUGUGAACCUGAUGAAAGCACUAAAGAUGUCCCCAUACAAAGAUAUCCUGGAGACCCAUCUGAGAGAGAAAAUAACAGCACAGAGCAUUGAGGAGCUUUGUGCCGUCAACUUGUAUGGCCCUGACGCGCAAAUGGACAGGAGCAGGCUGGCUGCUGUUGUGUCUGCCUGUAAACAGCUUCACAGAGCUGGGCUUCUGCAUAGUAUAUUACCAUCUCAGUCCACAGAUCUGCAUCAUUCUAUUGGCACAGAACUUCUUUCCCUGGUUUAUAAAGGUAUUGCCCCCGGAGAUGAGAGACAGUGUUUGCCUUCUCUAGACCUCAGUUGUAAGCAGCUGGCCAGCGGACUUCUGGAGUUAGCCUUUGCUUUUGGAGGACUGUGUGAACGCCUCGUGAGUCUUCUCCUGAACCCAGCAGUGCUGUCCACGCCAUCCUUGGGCAGCUUACAGAGCAGCGUCAUCCACUUCUCCCAUGGGGAGUAUUUCUAUAGCUUGUUCUCAGAAACUAUCAACAUGGAAUUAUUGAAAAAUCUGGAUCUUGCUGUAUUGGAGCUCAUGCAGUCAUCAGUGGAUAAUCCCAAAAUGGUCAGUACCGUUUUGAACGGCAUGUUAGACCAGAGCUUCAGGGAGCGAGCAAGCCAGAAACACCAAGGACUGAAACUUGCGACUACAAUUCUGCAACACUGGAAGAAGUGUGAUUCCUGGUGGGCCAAAGAUUCCCCUCUCGAAACUAAAAUGGCAGUGCUGGCCUUACUGGCAAAAAUUUUACAGAUUGAUUCAUCUGUAUCUUUUAAUACAAGUCAUGGUUCAUUCCCUGAAGUCUUUACAACAUAUGUUAGUCUACUUGCUGACACAAAACUGGAUCUACAUUUAAAGGGCCAAGCUGUCACUCUUCUUCCGUUCUUCACCAGCCUCACUGGAGGCAGUCUGGAGGAACUUAGGCGUGUUCUGGAGCAGCUCAUCGUUGCUCACUUCCCCAUGCAGUCCAGAGAAUUUCCCCCAGGAACUCCGCGGUUCAAUAAUUAUGUGGACUGCAUGAAAAAGUUUCUAGAUGCAUUGGAAUUAUCUCAAAGCCCUAUGUUGUUGGAAUUGAUGACAGAAGUUCUUUGUCGGGAACAGCAGCAUGUCAUGGAAGAAUUAUUUCAAUCCAGUUUCAAGAGGAUUGCCAGAAGGGGUUCAUGCGUCACACAAGUAGGCCUUCUGGAAAGCGUGUAUGAAAUGUUCAGGAAGGAUGACCCCCGCCUAAGUUUCACACGCCAGUCCUUUGUGGACCGCUCUCUCCUCACUCUGCUGUGGCACUGUAGCCUGGAUGCUUUGAGAGAAUUCUUUAGCACAAUUGUGGUGGAUGCCAUUGAUGUGCUGAAGUCCAGGUUUACAAAGCUAAAUGAAUCCACUUUUGAUACUCAAAUCACCAAGAAGAUGGGCUACUAUAAGAUUCUAGAUGUGAUGUAUUCUCGUCUUCCCAAAGAUGAUGUUCACGCUAAGGAAUCUAAAAUUAAUCAAGUUUUCCAUGGCUCGCGUAUUACAGAAGGAAAUGAACUUACAAAGACACUGAUUAAAUUGUGCUACGAUGCAUUUACAGAGAACAUGGCAGGAGAGAAUCAGCUGCUGGAGAGGAGAAGACUUUACCAUUGUGCAGCAUACAACUGUGCCAUAUCUGUCAUCUGCUGUGUCUUCAAUGAGUUAAAAUUUUACCAAGGUUUUCUGUUUAGUGAAAAACCAGAAAAGAACUUGCUUAUUUUUGAAAAUCUGAUCGACCUGAAGCGCCGCUAUAAUUUUCCUGUAGAAGUUGAGGUUCCUAUGGAAAGAAGGAAAAAGUACAUUGAAAUUAGGAAAGAAGCCAGAGAAGCAGCAAAUGGGGACUCAGAUGGUCCUUCCUACAUGUCUUCCCUGUCAUAUUUGGCAGACAGUACCCUGAGUGAAGAAAUGAGUCAAUUUGAUUUCUCAACCGGAGUUCAGAGCUAUUCAUACAGCUCCCAAGACCCUAGACCUACCACUGGUCGUUUUCGGAGACGGGAGCAGCGGGACCCCAUGGUGCAUGAUGAUGUGCUGGAGCUGGAGAUGGAUGAGCUCAAUCGGCACGAGUGUAUGGCGCCCCUGACGGCCCUGGUGAAGCAUAUGCACAGAAGUCUGGGCCCACCUCAAGGAGAAGAGGAUUCAGUACCAAGAGAUCUUCCUCCUUGGAUGAAAUUCCUCCAUGGCAAACUGGGAAAUCCAAUAGUACCAUUAAAUAUCCGUCUCUUCUUAGCCAAGCUUAUUAUUAAUACAGAAGAGGUCUUUCGCCCUUACGCGAAGCACUGGCUUAGCCCCUUGUUGCAGCUGGCUGCUUCUGAAAACAAUGGAGGAGAAGGAAUUCACUACAUGGUGGUUGAGAUAGUGGCCACUAUUCUUUCAUGGACAGGCUUGGCCACUCCGACAGGGGUUCCUAAAGAUGAAGUGUUAGCAAAUCGAUUGCUUAAUUUCCUAAUGAAACAUGUCUUUCAUCCAAAAAGAGCUGUGUUUAGACACAACCUUGAAAUUAUAAAGACCCUUGUCGAGUGCUGGAAGGAUUGUUUAUCCAUCCCUUAUAGGUUAAUAUUUGAAAAGUUUUCCGGUAAAGAUCCUAAUUCUAAAGACAACUCAGUAGGGAUUCAGUUGCUAGGCAUCGUGAUGGCCAAUGACCUGCCUCCCUAUGACCCGCAGUGCGGCAUUCAGAGUAGCGAAUACUUUCAGGCUUUGGUGAAUAAUAUGUCCUUUGUAAGAUAUAAAGAAGUGUAUGCUGCUGCAGCAGAAGUUCUAGGACUUAUACUUCGAUAUGUUAUGGAGAGAAAAAACAUGCUGGAGGAGUCUCUGUGUGAACUGGUUGCAAAACAAUUGAAGCAACAUCAAAAUACUAUGGAGGACAAGUUUAUUGUGUGCUUGAACAAAGUGACCAAGAGCUUCCCUCCUCUUGCAGACAGGUUCAUGAAUGCUGUGUUCUUUCUGCUGCCAAAAUUUCAUGGAGUGUUGAAAACACUCUGUCUGGAGGUGGUACUUUGUCGUGUGGAGGGAAUGACAGAGCUGUACUUCCAGUUAAAGAGCAAGGACUUCGUUCAAGUCAUGAGACAUAGAGAUGAUGAAAGACAAAAAGUAUGUUUGGACAUAAUUUAUAAGAUGAUGCCAAAAUUAAAACCAGUAGAACUCCGAGAACUUCUGAACCCUGUUGUGGAAUUCGUUUCCCAUCCUUCUGCAACAUGUAGGGAACAAAUGUAUAAUAUUCUCAUGUGGAUUCAUGACAAUUACAGAGAUCCAGAAAGUCAGACAGAUAAUGACUCCCAGGAAAUAUUUAAGCUGGCAAAAGAUGUGCUGAUUCAAGGAUUGAUUGAUGAGAACCCUGGACUUCAAUUAAUUAUUCGAAAUUUCUGGAGCCAUGAAACUAGGUUACCUUCAAAUACCUUGGACCGGUUGCUGGCACUAAAUUCCUUAUAUUCUCCUAAGAUAGAAGUGCACUUUUUAAGUUUAGCAACAAAUUUUCUGCUCGAAAUGACCAGCCUGAGCCCAGAUUAUCCAAAUCCCAUGUUCGAACAUCCUCUGUCAGAAUGUGAAUUUCAGGAAUAUACCAUUGAUUCUGAUUGGCGUUUCCGAAGUACUGUUCUCACUCCAAUGUUUGUGGAGACCCAGGCCUCCCAGGGCACUCUCCAGACCCGUACCCAGGAAGGGUCCCUCUCAGCUCGCUGGCCAAUGGCAGGGCAGAUAAGGGCCACCCAACAGCAGCAUGACUUCACACCGACACAGACUGCAGAUGGAAGAAGCUCAUUUGAUUGGCUGACCGGGAGCAGCACUGACCCGCUGGUCGACCACACCAGUCCCUCAUCUGACUCUUUGCUGUUUGCCCACAAGAGGAGUGAAAGGUUACAGAGAGCACCCUUUAAGUCAGUGGGGCCUGAUUUUGGGAAAAAAAGGCUGGGCCUUCCAGGGGACGAAGUGGAUAACAAAGUGAAGGGUGCAGCUGGCCGGGUGGACCUACUGCGACUGCGCAGACGGUUUAUGAGGGACCAGGAGAAGCUCAGUUUGAUGUAUGCCAGAAGAGGCAUUGCUGAGCAAAAACGAGAGAAGGAAAUCAAGAGUGAGUUAAAAAUGAAGCAGGAUGCCCAGGUCGUUCUGUACAGAAGCUACCGGCUGGGAGACCUUCCUGACAUUCAAAUCAAGCACAGCAGCCUCAUCACCCCAUUACAGGCCGUGGCCCAGAGAGACCCAGUAAUUGCAAAACAGCUCUUUAGCAGCUUGUUUUCCGGAAUUUUGAAAGAGAUGGAUAAAUUUAAGACACUGUCUGAAAAAAACAACAUCACUCAAAAGUUGCUCCAAGACUUCAAUCGUUUUCUUAAUACCACCUUCUCUUUCUUUCCACCUUUUGUCUCUUGUAUUCAGGACAUCAGCUGCCAGCACGCAGCCCUGCUGAGCCUCGACCCAGCAGCUGUUAGCGCUGGUUGCUUGUCUAGCCUACAGCAGCCCGUGGGCAUCCGCCUGCUGGAGGAGGCUCUGCUCCGCCUGCUGCCUGCUGAGCUGCCUGCCAAGCGAGUCCGCGGGAAGGCCCGCCUCCCUCCUGAUGUCCUCAGAUGGGUGGAGCUUGCUAAACUGUAUAGAUCAAUUGGAGAAUACGACGUCCUCCGUGGGAUUUUUAGCAGUGAGAUAGGAACAAAGCAAAUCACUCAGAAUGCAUUGUUAGCAGAAGCCAGAAGUGAUUAUUCUGAAGCUGCUAAGCAGUAUGAUGAGGCUCUCAAUAAACAAGACUGGGUAGAUGGUGAGCCCACAGACGCCGAGAAGGAUUUUUGGGAACUUGCAUCCCUUGACUGUUACAACCACCUUGCUGAGUGGAAAUCACUUGAAUACUGUUCUACAGCCAGUGUAGACAGUGAGACCCCCCCAGACCUAAAUAAAAUCUGGAGUGAACCAUUUUAUCAGGAAACGUAUCUACCUUACAUGAUCCGCAGCAAGCUGAAGCUGCUGCUCCAGGGAGAGGCUGACCAGUCCCUGCUGACAUUUAUUGACAAAGCUAUGCAUGGGGAGCUCCAGAAGGCUAUUUUAGAGCUUCAUUACAGUCAAGAGCUGAGUCUGCUUUACCUCCUGCAAGAUGAUGUUGACAGAGCCAAAUACUACAUUCAAAAUGGCAUUCAGAGUUUUAUGCAGAAUUAUUCUAGUAUUGAUGUCCUCUUACACCGAAGUAGACUCACCAAAUUGCAGUCUGUACAGGCUUUAACAGAAAUUCAGGAGUUCAUCGGCUUUAUAAGCAAACAAGGCAAUUUAUCAUCUCAAGUUCCCCUGAAGAGACUUCUGAACACCUGGACAAACAGAUAUCCAGAUGCUAAAAUGGACCCAAUGAACAUCUGGGAUGACGUCAUCACAAAUCGAUGUUUCUUUCUCAGCAAAAUAGAGGAGAAGCUUACCCCUCUUCCAGAAGAUAAUAGUAUGAAUGUGGAUGAAGAUGGAGACCCCAGUGACAGGAUGGACGUGCAAGAGCAGGAAGAAGAUAUCAGCUCCCUGAUCAGGAGCUGCAAGUUUUCCAUGAAAAUGAAGAUGGUAGACAGUGCCCGGAAGCAGAACAAUUUCUCACUUGCCAUGAAACUACUGAAGGAGCUGCAUAAAGAGUCGAAAACCAGAGAAGAUUGGCUGGUGAGCUGGGUGCAGAGCUACUGCCGCUUGAGCCACUGCCGGAGCCGGUCCCAGGGCUGUUCUGAGCAGGUGCUCACUGUGCUGAAAACAGUCUCUUUGUUGGAUGAGAACAACGUGUCAAGCUACUUAAGCAAAAAUAUUCUGGCUUCCCGUGACCAGAACAUUCUCUUGGGUACAACUUACAGGAUCAUAGCUAAUGCUCUCAGCAGUGAGCCAGCCUGCCUUGCUGAAAUCGAGGAGGACAAGGCUAGAAGAAUCUUAGAGCUUUCUGGAUCCAGUUCAGAGGAUUCGGAGAAGGUGAUCGCGGGUCUGUACCAGAGAGCAUUCCAGCACCUCUCUGAGGCUGUGCAGGCAGCUGAGGAGGAGGCCCAGCCUACCUCCUGGAGCUGUAGGCCUGCAGCUGGGGUGAUUGAUGCUUACAUGACGCUGGCAGAUUUCUGUGACCAACAGCUACGCAAGGAAGAAGAGAAUGCAUCAGUUACUGAUUCUGCAGAACUGCAGGCGUAUCCAGCACUUGUGGUGGAGAAAAUGUUGAAAGCUUUAAAAUUAAAUUCCAAUGAAGCCAGAUUGAAGUUUCCUAGAUUACUUCAGAUUAUAGAACGGUAUCCAGAGGAGACUUUGAGUCUCAUGACAAAAGAGAUCUCUUCCGUUCCCUGCUGGCAGUUCAUCGGCUGGAUCAGCCACAUGGUGGCCUUACUGGACAAAGACCAAGCCGUUGCUGUUCAGCACACCGUGGAAGAAAUCACUGAUAACUACCCGCAGGCUAUUGUUUAUCCCUUCAUCAUAAGUAGUGAAAGCUAUUCCUUCAAGGAUACUUCUACUGGUCAUAAGAAUAAAGAGUUUGUGGCAAGGAUUAAAAGUAAGUUGGAUCAAGGAGGAGUGAUUCAAGAUUUUAUUAACGCCUUGGAUCAGCUCUCUAAUCCUGAACUGCUCUUUAAGGAUUGGAGCAAUGAUGUAAGAGCUGAACUGGCAAAAACCCCUGUAAAUAAAAAAAACAUUGAAAAAAUGUAUGAAAGAAUGUAUGCAGCAUUGGGUGACCCAAAAGCUCCAGGCCUAGGGGCUUUUAGAAGGAAGUUUAUUCAGACUUUUGGAAAAGAAUUUGAUAAACAUUUUGGGAAAGGAGGUUCUAAGCUACUAAGAAUGAAGCUCAGUGACUUCAGUGACAUUACCAACAUGCUACUUUUGAAAAUGAACAAAGACUCAAAACCCCCUGGGAAUCUGAAAGAAUGUUCGCCCUGGAUGAGCGACUUCAAAGUGGAGUUCCUGAGAAAUGAGCUGGAGAUUCCUGGUCAAUAUGACGGUAGGGGAAAGCCGUUGCCAGAGUACCACGUGCGAAUCGCCGGGUUUGAUGAGCGGGUGACAGUCAUGGCAUCUAUGCGAAGGCCCAAGCGCAUCAUCAUCCGUGGCCACAACGAGAGGGAGCACCCUUUCCUGGUGAAGGGUGGCGAGGACCUGCGGCAGGACCAGCGUGUGGAGCAGCUCUUCCAGGUCAUGAAUGGGAUCCUGGCCCGAGACUCUGCCUGCAGCCAGAGGGCCCUGCAGCUGAGGACCUACAGCGUGGUGCCCAUGACUUCCAGGUUAGGAUUAAUUGAGUGGCUUGAAAAUACUGUUACCUUGAAGGACCUUCUUUUGAACACCAUGUCCCAAGAGGAGAAGGCGGCUUACCUGAGUGAUCCCAAGGCACCGCUGUGUGAAUAUAGAGAUUGGCUGACAAAAAUGUCAGGAAAACAUGAUGUUGGAGCUUACAUGCUAAUGUAUAAGGGAGCUAAUCGUACUGAAACAAUCACCUCUUUUAGAAAACGAGAAAGUAAAGUGCCUGCCGAUCUCUUAAAGCGGGCCUUUGUGAGGAUGAGUACAAGCCCCGAGGCUUUCCUGGCACUCCGCUCCCACUUUGCCAGCUCUCAUGCUCUGAUAUGCAUCAGCCACUGGAUCCUCGGGAUUGGAGACAGACAUCUAAACAACUUUAUGGUGGCCAUGGAGACUGGCGGCAUGAUCGGGAUCGACUUUGGGCAUGCAUUUGGAUCUGCUACACAGUUUCUGCCAGUCCCUGAGUUGAUGCCUUUUCGGCUAACUCGCCAGUUUAUCAAUCUGAUGUUACCAAUGAAAGAAAUGGGCCUUAUGUACAGCGUCAUGGUACACGCGCUCCGGGCCUUCCGCUCAGACCCUGGCCUGCUCACCAACACCAUGGAUGUGUUUGUCAAGGAGCCUUCCUUUGACUGGAAAAAUUUUGAACAGAAAAUGCUGAAAAAAGGAGGAUCAUGGAUUCAAGAAAUAAAUGUUGCUGAAAAAAAUUGGUAUCCCCGACAGAAAAUAGGUUACGCUAAGAGAAAGUUGGCAGGUGCCAAUCCAGCAGUCAUUACUUGUGAUGAGCUGCUACUGGGUCACGAGAAGGCCCCUGCCUUCAGAGACUAUGUGGCUGUGGCACGAGGAAGCAAAGAUCACAACAUUCGUGCCCGAGAACCAGAGGGUGGGCUUUCAGAAGAAACUCAAGUGAAGUGCUUGAUGGACCAGGCGACAGACCCCAACAUCCUUGGCAGAACCUGGGAAGGAUGGGAGCCCUGGAUGUGAGGUCUGUGGGAGUCUGCAGAUAGAAAGCGUUACAUUGUUUAAAGAAUCUACUAUACUUUGGUUGGCAGUAAUCCAUGAGCUGAUUUUCCUGAAGCACUAAAGAGAAAUCUCUUUUGUGCUACAGUUUUAUAGCAUGAGUUUAAAUCAAGAUUAUGAGUAAAUGUAUAUGGGUUAAGUCAAAGAUAAGGUUAUAGUAACAUCAAAGGUUAGGUGAGGUUUAUAGAAAGAUACAUAUCCAGGCUUACCAAAGUAUUAAGAAUACAGUAUGUGAUCAGCUUUCAAAGCAUUUACAAGUGCUGCAAGUUAGUGAAACAGCCGUCUCCAUAAACAGGAAAUGUGAGAAACCUUGGAAUGCCCUUCUGGUUCUGGCACAUUGGAAAGCACACUCAGAAGGCUUCGUGGCCAAGAUUUUGGGAGAGUAAAGCUAAGUAUAGUUGAUGUAACAUUGUAGAAGCAGCAUAGGAACAAUAAGAACAAUAGGUAAAGCUCUAAUUAUGGCUUAUAUUUAGAAAUGACUGCAUUUGAUAUUUUAGGAUAUUUUUCUAGGUUUUUUCCUUUCAUUUUAUUCUCUUAGUUUUGACAUUUUAUGGUAGAUUUGCUCUCUAGAAGGGAACAUCUUUAUUUAGGAGGGUAAAAAUUUUGGUCAUAGCAUUCACUUUUGCUAUUCCGAUCUACAACUGCAAGAUACAUAAAAGUGCUUUUUGCAUUACAAAUUUGGGAUAGCUUCAAAAAUCUCAUGGUUGACGUUAGGGAUAGCACUAAGCAUUUUAGUUCCAGGAGAAUAAAAGAAAUUCCUAUUUGAAAUGAAUUCCUCAUUUGGAGGGGAAAAAAAAGCAUGCAUUCUAGCACAAGAUCAAAUUAUGGAAUACAAAAGUGGCUCCUUCCCAUGUGCAGUCCCUGUGCCCCCUCCAGUCCUCUGCACACCCAAACUGUUUCUGAUUGGCUUUUAGCUUUUUGUUGUUGUUUUCUCCUUCUAACACUUGUAUUUGGAAACUCUUCUGUGAUUUUGAGAAGUAUACUCUUGAGUGUUUAAUAAAGUUUUUUUCCAAAAGUA